CGGAGGAUGGGAAAACGGGGUGUACAUGUACGUGCCAGCCUGGGUUUGGACCUUGGGGCUUGAUGAUCAUUGCGUCUUUGUCUUCACCACUGUGGGUCAUUCUACAUUUGCGUUUCCGUGCAUGGUUCAUUUUUGUUUCUGAGAAUAAAUUGCUGGAGGAGUUACUAAAGCUUGCCUGCUCUCACCUGGAUACUAACAUUGAGGCCCGCCCUCUUCUCUCGAAAGCCUGGGGCCCAGGCCUGGGCCACCAUGGCACUGCCUCCAUGGCCAGCUACCCUCCCGCACACACUUCUGCUCCUGCCGGCCCUUCUGAGCUCAGGUUGGGGGGAGCUGGCGCCACAAAUUGAUGGUCAGACCUGGGCAGAGCGGGCACUUCGAGAGAAUGAACGCCAUGCCUUCACCUGCCGGGUGGCAGGGGGACUUGGCACCCCUCGAUUGGCCUGGUACCUGGAUGGACAGCUGCAGGAGGCCAGCACCUCGAGACUGCAGAGUGUGGGCCGGGAGGCCUUCUCUGGAGGCACCAGCACUUUCACUGUCACUGCCCAGCGGGCCCAGCAUGAACUCAUCUGCUCCCUGCAGGACGCAAGCAGUGGCCAGUCAGCCAAUGCGUCCGUCAUCCUCAAUGUGCAAUUUAAGCCGGAGAUUGCUCAGGUUGGGGCCAAGUACCAGGAAGCUCAGGGCCCGGGCCUUCUGGUCAUCCUCUUUGCCCUCGUGCGUGCCAACCCACCUGCCAACGUGACCUGGAUCGACCAGGAUGGGCCAGUGACUGUCAACACCUCAGACUUCCUGGUGCUGGAUGCCCAGAACUACCCCUGGCUCAGCAACCACACCGUGCAGCUGCAGCUCCACAGCCUGCCACACAACCUCUCCGUGGUGGCCACAAACGACGUGGGUGUCACCAGUUCCUCGCUUCCAGCCCCAGGGCUCCUGGCCACCCGGGUGGAAGUGCCACUGCUGGGCAUCAUUGUGGCUGGAGGGCUUGCCCUAGGCACCCUGGUGGGGUUCAGCACUUUGGUGGCCUGCCUGGUCUGCAGGAAAGAGAAGAAGACCAAAGGCCCCUCCCGGCGCCCAUCCCUGAUCUCUAGUGACUCCAACAACCUGAAACUCAACAACAUGCGCCUGCCACGCGAGAACAUGUCCCUCCCAUCCAAUCUUCAGCUCAAUGACCUCACUCUAGACUGCAGAGGUACACCCAGCAAGCUGUUUGCCCCAGCUUUAUCUUCAGAGGGAAACCAGCGGAACAGCAGACGACUCAGGACAACAGCCGGCCAGACCUGCUGGACCCAGAACCUGGUGGCCUCCUCACCAGCCGAGGUUUCAUCCGCCUCCCAAUGCUGGGCUACAUUUACCGGGUGUCCAGUGUGAGCAGUGAUGAGAUCUGGCUCUGAGAUGAGGCCAAGACAGAGGGUAACUUCUUGGCCCCUGGGCAUCCUCCUGGUCCUCGUCCAAGGCACCCUCUGCCUGGCCAUGUUGCCAAUGGGAAGAGGCCUUGCCUCUGCCACUUCUGCUUGCUUGGGGGCACGGGUAUUCUUGGCCAGGCUGCCAGCUGGACCUACUCCUGGCUGGACCUGGACCGACUCCAGUGGAGGGCCUGCAUGACUGCCUGUGCCCAGGUGGAUGGAGCUGUCUGUCCAGGUGUGCCUGGAGGUCAGCCAGCAUCUAAGCGUGGCAUGGCCCUGCCAGCUUGGGCCGGCACUGCCCCGCACCAGUGCUUCUCAGCACCAUGUACAGCAGGCAUAGGGCAUGGCUGGUUGGGGAGCGGGGGUCCCUGCACGUCCUGGAUUUCCUUCACAUGCUAUGCAGCUUUGUUCCCUCAGGGAAAACUUAGGACCCUGCUAGCUCUACAGAACCAACCUGCCCUUUCCACACAAACCCACCCCUGAUCUAGGGGUGCUGGCGAAGCACAGACCAGUUCUUUUUGCUGCAUCUCUCUGCCCCUCUCUGCCCACCCCCUCUUGGGCAUUGUAGGUUAUACACUGGACCUUCUUCACUGGGCAUUAGACUUCCCCACUGGCCUGGGCCCUAGUGGUGUCAGAGCCUGGUAUUAGCACAAGUCAGGAGACGAGAGGGAGGUGAGAAGUCUUGUGCCUCCAGGACUGCAUGUAGCUAUGCCUCGUUUUCUUACAGCGAUAGCACUUUAAGCAUAUCUCCUGGGAAGGGAGUGACUGGGCCCCUGGGCCCUGCCUCUGGCUUUCCCAAGUUUGGCCUUUUUAUGAUUCACUGUGAGUGCCCUGAGCCCUUGGGGUUGACAGGUUUCUGCUCAAAGUAUCUCCCCCUUCCAUGGGAGCCUAGCCAUGACCUCCCCAUCAGCAGGAAACUGUUCUUGUCCCAUCCUCCAUUCUUUAUGGGAUGUCACAGUGGCACAUAAUUUGACAGUGCUGGAAACCUUAGGGAGACAUGGGAAAGGAGGGGAGAUCAUAUAUCCCAGAACAACCUAAGUACACUGUUGAAAAGCAACAUGGAAAAGAUUGCAAAUUAAUAGCGAGCAAAGUAUAUUUUUCCCUUGUUGAUACCUUUAUAAUAUUUCUUGAUACUGCCAAGGACAGUGCUGAGCACACAGUAGGUUCAAUAAACUUGAA